AUGGACUCCGGGUUUGGUGAGCCACCUUUUGCUGGUGGAGCUUUACACAACAGUGCAGCUGUUACGCCGCGGGCCGAUCCUGCGAGCGAUGGUGCUGGCUCUGGUGGUGUGGACCCAUUUGGACGUUUGGACUUUGCAUUGGGCUUAGAACCUGGUUUUCUUUUGGAACACAAAGAUGGCUGUUUGCAGAAUACAUCAGAAGGUUACUCUCCUGGAACAUUUGAAGAUACAGAUGCAGUUCCAGCUGUCGACAUGAAGGUCUACGAUAGAGAACGGGUGCUGGACAACUCUUGGCUUCAACUUGAAACGACAGUGGUUCUUGAUGCAAGUGAGUUGAAUGGGGAAGCCAUUGACCUGGUUUCCGACUACGCCACGACAUGCAGCGAGAGCAGCAGUGGAGAAGAGGCCGUGGUCUUACCAAAGGUCACUGCAGCUGAGACAACCUUGAAGGCGGACAGUAAUACGGAGUUGCAACUACAAUGGUGCUUGCAGCGCAGGGGGAUUGCCCUUGACCAAUGCCGGUUGGUGGACUGGGACUUACAUCAGAGGUGGGUCCAGUAUUUGUUGGGCUUACUAUCCAAGGCCGCACCAGAGGGCUACACCAAAGUUAAGAUUGACCAAGUGAUCAAAGCAGACAAGGAGCUAUUCAUGAUCAUGGCGGAGGAGCACCAACACGGAGACCAGAGGCUGACGGAUGUGCCCAGCCCCAUGAAUGCUGCUUUUCAAAAACUGAUUACAGAUCCGAGGGUCACCAUGUUUUUGUUGCCAGUACCCAGCCAUGCAGUUGCAAAAACCCCAGCUUCCUCAGCGGGAGCGCCAGCACAAAACCCGUUCGGAAAGAGCGGGGCAAAGGGCCAAGGCAAAGUCAGGAAAGAAGGAAAGCAGUCACAGCGCGCCAAGACGUUGUGCCCUGCCGAGCUCAAGGAGUUCAAACAAGUGGAUGAGCAAGGCAGACCCAUUUGCUGGUCCUUCAACAUGAAGUCUGGAUGCAAAGAAUCAGCCGUGCCCUUUACAGCAGUUACAGACGAGACGUCGACAAUGCAGAGGGCGGAAUCUUGUCGCAAAGCGCAGGAUGCCAAUGAGCUGGACAUGUUGGAAAAGUUUUUGCAAGCGGAGCAGCAGAAUCUCGGUUGGGUGCACUUUGCACCCGCUUGUGGCACAGCAUCAAAAGCGCGUGAGAAACCGAAUAGGGUUUUAGAAAAAGCUGGCUUCAAAGUACCCAAGCCUUUGAGAUCCUCUGAACACCCACUUGGUUUGCCAGGUUUGUCAGGGGAGAGUCUCCACAAGCAUAAGAGCUGGCAACCUAAAGUGAUCGACGGGAAAGUGCAAUACCCGACAGCGGAGGAAGCAGCCUAUCCAAUUCUCUUGUGUGCUAGAAUGGUGGAGAUCGUCCGCGACCAACUGCUGCAGCUUGGAGUGGUGGAUGUGCAUAACUUGGAGCAACAGAUACAAGUCGAACACACAUCAUUAAACAGAGUGGUCCUGUCAGCACUUCCAAGGGGAAAGAAGUUUAAGCCGCUGGUUUCAGAAUAUGGUCAGUACCAUACAGUUGUGCACGCACCUCAUGUUGAAAACCCCACUGAUGUGGUCCCUGCAGGGGCAAAACUGGUUCAUCAACGUCUUGCACAAAUGGGCGAGGUUCGGGUUGAUGAACAAAUUUUUCACUCUUCAACUGAUGGCAUGUCUGGACAGGAAGAAGUCAUGGUAUCGCAGUAUGGGGUGCCCAGGGCACCGUUGGAUUUCUGUGAAAGAGCUGUAAAGUGUGGCCAUCCGAGAGGUAUGGCUGUUCAUUUACCACAGCUGGCGAAGGAGGUCAUUGAACAAAACUUGACAGAGGAGCCGGCAGAACUAGCUUUGCAUAGGUGCAGGGAGCUCACCAAGUGGACAAUUAGGGCAGGACAGCUUAAAGAACAAGAAAAGAAAUACAAGGGCGGCUUGCCACAACACAUGCAAGCGCUGCUGCAUAAGAAGCGGCUUCUCUUAUUUAAGGAGAUGUUGGAAUCAGUCAACUACCCAGACAAACAACUGGUGGAGGAUUUAGCUCGAGGUUUCAACAUAACUGGGUGGCAGGACAAGACAGGGGUUUUUCCACAGUGUGUCAAAAGGCCUCAGUUUUCUUUGGGGACGUUGAAACAAAUGGCACGUGGCUUAAACAAAGCCAUCUUACAACAGUUGCGCGAAGACAAAGAUGAUGCGGAGCUGGUCCAAAAAACCUGGGAGAAGACGCUCGAGGAAGUUAACCUCGGAUACAUAUGGCAUGAUGAGCACGCUGACCCCACGCAGUUUUUCCUUGCGAAACGUUUUGGACUGGUUCAACGAGCUGGCAAGUUGAGAGUGAUUGACGACUGCUCCAUAGGGGGCAUAAACUCUACGAUGGGAGCAGUGGAGAAGUAUAGGGUUCAUGCCAUGGAUGAGUGUGCGGCUUUUCUUGCAUACAUGGUUGAGUUUGUGCAGAAUGGACAUGGGGUUGAAGGCGUUUCUGGACGCACAUAUGACUUGAAACAUGCGUACAAGCAGUACGGUAUAUCAGUGGCAGACCGUGACACUAUCCGGUUAGCAGUCCGCAAUCCGCACACAAAUGGAGUGGAUCUGUUUGGAAUAAAUAGCCUCCCCUUUGGGGCUUCUGGGUCCGUGGGGGGCUUCCUCAGAGUCAGCCUGGCCAUUUGGUACAUUGGCAUGGCGAUAUUCAGGUUGGUAUGGACAGCGUUUUUCGAUGACUACACAGUUUUUGCAAGGGACGCCCUGGUCUCCAACACGUCUAAGACGGUGGAGGCCAUUUUCGAUCUGCUUGGCGUAGAAUUUGCAAGAGACGGUGAUAAAGCUUGUGAGUUUGCAAAGCGUUUCAAGAGUUUGGGUGUGGAAAUAGACCUUCAGACUUUUGGAGCUGGAGUUGUGCAACUGGGCCACACCACGGAAAGGCGGGAAGAGCUUAGUUUGGUGCUGCAAGAAAUUCUUAAGGAAAAAAGCAUCACUUCAAAACAAGCAGAGUCCAUGCGGGGACGUCUUCACUGGUUUGAGUCUUUUGCUUUCGGAAGGGUGGCAAACAGCACAGUCAAAGUUCUUGGAGAACUGGCGUUGAGUGGUCGCAAAAGAAUCACUCUAUCAGAGACCGACAUGACAGCCCUUAGUUUCCUGUGCGAGCGUGUGCUGACCGCGCCGCCUCUGUCCAUUACACCAGCAUGUUUGCAGUCGUGGGUUAUUUUUACAGACGGAGCUUGUGAGGGCCCAGAUGACAACAAACAAGGUGGCGUGGGGGGCGUGCUUGUUGACCCGCUCGGUCGAGUGGUCUCUUUCUUUGGUGGUGGGGUGCCAGUGGACAUCAUGCGAUGUUUGUUGCAGAAGUCCAAAAACCCCAUCUACGAGCUGGAGGUCCUUCCGGUUCUGGUGUCUGUUUGGCUGUGGAAAGGCAGGAUAAACCUAGCUCAAGUGUGCUGGUACUUGGACAACGAAGCUAGCAGAUCCGCUUUUAUUAAAGGCCAAGGAGCCACACCACUUGCGGCUUGCAUGGUUGAUGCUUUCACCGCUGAAGAGAUGAAGCUGCAAUUGAAGUCGUGGUUUGCCAGGGUACCGUCAUUGUCGAAUUUGGCGGAUUCACCAAGCCGGCUAGAGGAUAAACUCCUUCUAGACCUGGGCGCAGUGAAAGGGCCUAUAGACUGGCUGGCAAUGGGCAAGGUUCUUGGGCUGGAUCUCGAAAUGGGGGAUAGGAUUCUGGAACCUCUGGCAGCCACCCGGCUAGCCAGCUGGAGCGCUGCAGUUGUACAAGGGAACAGCCAAUGGCAGCUGGGCCGGCGAGUGCCAUCUCUGUGGGUGCUGACAUUGCAAGUUUCUCAAAACAAGAUGUUGAUCAUUCUGGUGAGGGAUUUCCAGGCAGUUUCUUCAGAUGUUGCAAGCAGUAGCAGUGGUGGUGUUGUCAACUUUGACGCUGUACUGAAUGUGGCUUUCAACACGGUGAACCAGGUCAGCAGACCAAUCCCUGCGCUCUGGGGCAUGGAACAACGAUUGCUCGAUGCAGAGCCCACAGGUGUGCUGAAGAGGAGUCGUUUUCAGAGUUGCAAUUCUAUGGAUGUGGUUUCUUUCAAACCAGACGUGCCUUGGAAAGAUCAGAGAGAGGCAGAUUUGCAGAGGAGCAUCAAGCUGUGGAUCGCUGUAACGAGCAAGUGGGAUGGCAGUUGCACUUUUUCCAAUAGGCUUGCAGAGAUGCGCAACGAGGCAGAAGUCUUUGACAUGUUUGCACAUGUUUUCUCUGGAAGGGCCCCCAUCACGGUGAGGAAAAGGGGCAUGGCAAUUUUGAAGGUAUGCGACUACCUUGAAGAUCACCAAUUGGAACGCUUUCCGAUGAGGGAGCUCACCCUUUACAGGUUCAUGUGUUCACAGUUGGCGGAAGGAGCCCCUGCCAGCCGUCUUCAAGGUGUCAUGCAGGCCAUUGCCUUCUGUCGUCAUGUGCUGGAUGUCUCAGAGUUGCAAACUGUGUUGGACAGCAAGCGUUGCAGUGGGGUGGCCCGUGAAGUUUGUCCCCAAGAACGGAAACAGGCGAGCCCAUUGACAGUUGCAGAGCUUUUACAAUUGCAUGCAGUGGUUGAUGAAGCCAGUGAUGACUGGGACGUGGCUUUUGCUGGUGCAGCACUGCUCUGCUGCUAUUGUCGAGGACGAUGGGGUGACCUCAUGCGGAGUGAAGCUGCAUUCCUGGACAAGGAUGAGAAUGGAGCUCCAGCUUUCUUGGAGACAAGGACGGGAAGGCACAAGACUAUGAGCUCUCAGAUGCACAGGCACCAGUUUCUUCCCAUGGUAGCACCAGUCCGUGGAGUGCAUGGGGCAGAAUGGGCCACACCCUGGAUUCAACGGCGCUCAGGGUUAGGAAUGAAGUUCCCGCCAGAGGGACUAAUCAUGCCAGCUCCUGGACAAGAUGGUGAAGCGACACAGCGGCCGUUAGAAUCUGGGGAAUGUGGUAAGUGGCUUAGACGCCUUCUGGGUGCAGAGGAUGCCACUGGACCUUCAGCGGAAAGAAGGGUGAGCAGUCACAGCCUCAAAUGUACCAUGUUAUCCUUUGCUGCCAAGCGUGGACUGUCAGUGCCUGAUAGGUUGAUGCUGGGUUAUCACAGUUCACAGAUGCACAUGGCCAUGGUGUAUUCACGUGAUGGUGCUGCAGCAAGCUUGUUGUUGCUUGAGGGUCUGAUUGAUGAAAUAGCCAAAGGAAAAUUCAAACCUGACAGCACUCGUAGUGGACGACUGGUUGCAUCUCCAGCAGGUCCGUCGGGAGCUCAAAGUGAUGAAGUGAAAGUUGAGACAACCUUGUCAUCAGACGAGGAGAGAAUUGAGACUUUGGACAAUUCAGAAUCUUCGGAUAGCACAGAUGGGACUGGAACUUCGAGCAGUGAUGUUCCAGCAGAUCACAGCUUGAACAGGGUCUUUGCACCGCCACAGAACUUUAGCACAGCACUGGCAGCUCAAAACAUUGGGACAUUCAGUGCAAUGGCGUUUGCAUUGGGGACGCCUCAAACACCACCAACUGACCAGCAGUUUGACACUUUGGCUGGAGUGGUGUUUGGGGCUGGCUUCACUUUGGGGCAGACAUCAAUGUUGCGCAGGGUUCACUUUGAAUCCACAACCCUCAUGAUUGCGUCAGUUAAGCAACGGGUGGACGGUGAGGCCGCUGAGAAGGCCGACAGUGUGAAGAAGAUCCCAAUAGCUGAAAAGAAGCAUAGACUUGAACAACAAGAACAAAGGUUGUCAGGGAUCAGCAUCAGCGGUGAGCUUGAGCCCAGUCACCAAUUGAUUGACUUGGCCAACAACGUUCUUGAGACAGGCGCUUUGGUUUGGAUCGCUCCUAGCAGGUGCACAAAGCGGUCGGAUGAGGUUCAAUUGGCCAUUAGGGAAAGGCCAUCUUCAGUGCAGGUGGAAAACCAUCAGCGCAAGGUGUCCCAGACGGCAGAAGAGUUCAAAGCAGACCAUGGGACCAUGAGCCAGCAGCCACCACCAGGGUUUCAACAUGUCAAAGUUGAGCAGUUGAUUCGUGCUGACCGUGAAUUAUGGACGCUGUUGGCGCAGGAUUACAAAGGCAGCCUCAAGCCUGAUGCUGCAGGGCUGAUACCUCUGGACACCGAGUUCCCCAAGUUGCGACAUGAUCCAAGGAUUACCAUGUUUUUGCUGCCGACAGUUGCAACAGCAAAACAAGCAGACAAGGAAGCGCCAAAAAAGGUGCCAGCAAGUGGGUCGCAACAACCUGCGGCCAAGAGUGCAGGCGGCAACAAACGUCGCAAAACCCGUGCUGAAAAGAUUUGUCCGGAAGAGCUGAAGAAAUUCCAGUUGAGAUGUGAGCAUGGCCCAGUAUGCUGGGCAUACAACAUGAAGUCUGGUGGAGGCAAGCUUCACGCUGUUCAAGACAGUGCAGUUCCUCCGCAAAGUGUCUCACGUGGCAAUUCUACAGCUGGAGACCUUAAGGGUGACCAGUCUACAGAUUUUGCGAAUUCACAAAAACUGAAGUUCAAUGGUAAACUCAUCAGUGACCUCAUUUUUGUGGAAGUUUGUGCAGGGAGUGCGCGACUUACGCGUACAGCAAGGGAAUUUGGUUUCAACGGCAUUGCCAUUGACCACACGCAGAAACGUUCGUGUGGCAUUGACAUUUGCAUCUUCGAACUUGAAGAUGAUGCUCAGGUGGAGGAGCUUUGCAAUUUUUUGGAGUCCGAAGCGGACAACAUUGCUGCAGUUUGGAUUGCACCGUCGUGUGGGACGGCAAGUAAAGCAAGGGAACGUAGAUUGCCAGAGCUGCAAAGGUUGGGCAUUGAAAUCCCAAUCCCUCUGCGUUCCUUGGAAAAGCCCGACCAAAUUGACGGGCUUGGUGAAACCAACAAGCUCAAGGUCGAGAAGGCCAACAUGCUUUAUUCUGCGGUGGAAAGAAUUGCAACGACGGCAUGCAACAACAAUAUUUUCACAGGCAUUGAAAAUCCCGGCAAUAGCCACUACUGGAACACAACACCAAUGCAGAACCUUAUUGAACGUUUUGGUGACAAAAGGAUCACCUUCCACAACUGCUGUCACGGGGGAUCUCGUGAUAAAUUGACCGCCGUUUGGGUCAAUGAAAGCUGGCUUGACAGUCUGGAAGCCAGGUGCGAUGGAUCCCACAAUCAGAAGUCAUGGAAGGUUACUAUGUCCAGCAAACAAGUUCACUUUCCAACCUCGGAAGAGGCGGCCUACCCGCCGGUGUUGUGCCAGCAUAUUGUUGAGUGCGUGAAGCAGAAGGCCAUUCAAUUUGGUGCCAUUUUCUCUAGCACCCUGAAAGAGCAGUUGCAGCAACCAGAUGCCGAUGCAGCUGGUCGCAUAGCGUUGGGAGCCUUGCCACGUGGAACAAAAGUGAAACCUUUGGUUGCGGAAUUUGGAAAAUUCACUGCAGUUGGUGCGCCACCUCAACAAGCUGACAAGGUUGAUGUUUUUCUUUCCACGUUGCCCAAAGGCUCCAAGGUCACCUCACGACAACUGUUGAAAAGGGGUGCUGUGCGGGUCGUGAAUGAGGAAUGCCAUUUUCUUGCGGGCGCUUCAGAAGCGGCGACCGAUGAUAUGGUAGAGUUGUGUUGGGUCGGAAUUCCGAGCUCACCCAAUGAGUUUGUUGCAAGAGCAAUCAAAGCUGGUCAUCCACGGGGGCUUGAUGUACACGUUGAUGAAAACAUGCAGGAGGUUGUCAGGCUGAACCUGGUUGCGCCUCCCUUUGAGCUUGCAAAGAAACGUGUUGAGUACCUGAAGAAAUGGACAGCCAGAGCAAAAGAGAUUGCGCAUGAAGAAGAGGAGCUCAAGAAGGCCAUGCCUGAUCAUGUGCGUCAAGUGCUUGGCCAGAAGAGGCUUGUUUUGUUUGGUGAAAUGUUGAGAGACCUUCACUAUCCUGAUGAGAAGCUAGUGGAGGACAUAUCUGCAGGUUUUCGCUUGAGCGGCUACAUGACCAAGUCACAUGUUUUCAGGGCGCGGUCAAAGCGACCCACCAUGUCUUUGGAGACUUUGAGAAAACUUGGGAAGACGUUCAAUGCCAACAAUGUGGAAUCUUUCAACAGGCGGCAGGAGAGCGAGCUUGAAGAAGCGACUUGGAAGGAGACCGAGUCUGAGCUUGAAAAGGGCUGGAUUUUCUUGGAUACAGAUGCAUCCACGGAGGGCAAAUUCCUUGGACGCAGAUUUGGCAUACGCCAGGGGGAAAAGAUCCGAGUGAUCGACAAUUGCACUUGCUGUGGCCUGAAUCUCACAGUGGGACUGCAUGAAAAAAUUCGUCUACACUCAGUUGACUUCCUUGCUGCGGUUUUUGGUUUUGCUUUGAAAUCUUGCCCUACUGGUAGACGUCCAGCUCUGAGAGGGCGGACUUAUGACUUGCGCUCGGCAUACAAACAAUUUGCUGUCCAUCCACUGGAUCGCGCUUCUCUGAGAAUGGGGGUGAACGUCCCUGGGUCAAAGUCAUAUGCUAUGAUAGGUUUCAACUCACUUCCUUUUGGAGCGGUGGGGUCAGUCGCUGGCUUCUUGAGAAUUAGUCAAGCGAUCUGGUUUCUUGGCUAUUUUGGCCUUGGCCUUCUUUGGAGCGCUUUUUAUGACGACUACACUCUGUUGUCUCGUGCAGAGCUUGAGAGCAGCAGCAGCUGGGCGUGCGAGUCGCUCCUGACUUUGUUGGGCAUGCAGUUUGCUACAGAAGGGCGUAAGUGCCUUCCUUUCUCAACUCAGUUUAAGACGCUGGGCCUGGAAGUCUGCACGGAUGGCUUCGCUGAAGGCCACGUCUUGAUUGGACAUACGGAAAGUCGCAGAGAAGAGCUUCAUUCUCAACUGGCUUCUUUCCUUUCAGAGGAUACAAUGAGCCCUAAGGAUGCCCUAAGGAUGCUGAAAGACUUCGGGGCCGUAUGA